GGCUUGUUCUCCUAAAACAAGAAGAGCCCAAGCAACCAAGUCACUUUGGUUCGGAGCCACCUUUCCCGUCCGAAAGGUUCGUGCGAUGCUAUUCGUUUGCGUUGGGCCCAAGAAGAAGGAACAAGCCGAUCGGAGAUGAUGGAUUACUCCAAGGGGCAAAUGUCCAGCUUAUCUGAGGAGGGCAGCUCCACAAGGUGCCCCCAGUCCAGUCCGGCCGGCCUGAAGCUGGAAGCAUUGAUGGAGCACCUCCAGAGACAGCAAGAAGCCAAACAGGAUAUGAACCUUCAAGAGAAACACCUCCUUCAAGCUCAGCUCCUCUUCGCCCAACACGCUGCUGCUGCUGCGAGGGCCCAGCCGGGCUCCAGGCCGGACCUAUUCAGCAAAGUGGACGGACUCACUCAGCAAGCUUUGAGCAACCAUCUAAGCACAGUUCAUGCCAGGGAAGAAGAAGAAGACGAUGAGGAGGAGGAUGGUGAGGAUGAUGAUGACGGUGACUCUGAUGAGGAGGAGAUGGGGGCUGAUGCGGAGGAGAGCGGGCCUCAUCAGGAGGUCAAAAAGGCCCGACUGCCGCAGGUUCCCGACCCCCCUUUCAGCACUUACCCCGGGCCUCAACCGGCAGCCGGCAAGUCGUCUCCUCCUCCUCCUCCUCCUCCUCCUGUAGCCAUAAAACAAGAGCAUGAAGAGAAGCAAUUGCUGGAUCCCAUCGGCCCGACCGCCUUCACGUCACCCAACGGCUUCACCGAUUGGGCCUAUGACGAGCCUCUGAAACAAAGAGCUACCAUCUGGGCUGAUGAGAAUGAAGGCGGAAGAGGCAGAGCCGAACCAUCCAGGGACUUUGCAAAGCUUUACGUACUGGACAUGGACCCGCAGCGUAAAGAAUUUCUUGAUGAUCUUUUUAUCUUCAUGCAAAAACGAGGGACGCCCGUGAACCGGAUUCCCAUUAUGGCCAAACAGGUGCUUGACCUGUACAAACUUUACAAGCUUGUGACAGAGAAAGGAGGCCUAGUGGAGGUCAUCAACAAGAAGAUUUGGAGGGAGAUCACCAGAGGUCUUAACCUCCCCACGUCCAUUACCAGCGCAGCUUUCACUCUGCGCACGCAGUAUAUGAAGUACCUGUACCCUUUUGAGUGCGAAAAGAAAGGCCUGAGUUCUCCAGGGGAGCUCCAGGCGGCCAUCGACAGUAACCGCAGAGAAGGUCGACGUCCCAGCUAUACCAACAGCCUGUAUCGUUGCUACUCGACGUCUCCAAACUCCGCUCCGCACAAUCUUCUCUCAUCGCCCACGAUGCAUACUCCCACCUCUGGACACAACACUUCCAGUCAGUCAAUCAGCCCGAAUGUGAAAAAAAAUCCAGAUGAGGUUUCAACUCCAGUGAUACCCAGCCGACUGCCCAUGUCACUGGCACUGGGGCAGCAGAACCAGCAACAUCAGCAGCAACAGUUGGCCCAAGCCGCCACUCUGGAGCAUUUACGAGAGAGGCUGGAGCGCAGCGUAGGGGGGGCGGCUGUUGCUGACGGCCCAGAGAAGAAAAUGAUGCGUCUGGCAGAAGAGCAGCAGCGCCUCAUGCAGCAGGCGCUCCAGCAAAACCUACUAGCGAUGGCCUCCCAUUUCAAUCCCCUGAACUUCAAACUCAACAAUGGUCAUGAGAGCAAACAAGAUUUGUCCCUGAGUAUCUCGACCAGUGGAGCAGCCAGUAUUAGUGUUUCUGUGGAAGUCAAUGGUACCAUGUACUCGGGAACAUUGUUUGCUCAGAAGUCCAGCGCUCCAGUGGUUUCACAGGCUGUAACUCCAGCAGGGACGAGCGGUUUCAGUGCCUUCUCCUCCUCUCACAGCCCCUCCUCUUCAUCCUCCACCUCCUCAAAGGGACCAAAUUAAAGAUCAGUUAUUGGUUGUUUUUUUUCUUACUCCGUUCUUACCUUUGUCAUUGAGCGGUGUACAUUAUCUCUAGUCAGGCAAGAACUGUUUGAAAUAUGUCUAAUUUCUUGUUCUUUCAUCCUUGACACACUUAGAUGUUUUUCACGAUACGUUUGCUGUUAGUUUGCAUUAAUGUUGUCAAGCGCGUGGCCUCGGAAAUCUUCUAAACGUAACUUGUUAAGCUUAGUUCCUGAUGUUUAUUUUAAUCGUAGUGAUGUUCACAUGUGUCUUUAGUGCUAAGAGAGAAUCAACGCUGUUUUGUAGCAUCGAUAGCUAUUUGUCAUCCUGUUCUAUUGCCUCUAGAACAGCGGUGUUGCCAAAGUGAAUGACGACCAAAAAAAGCCUUAGCUCAGUGUCAUAGUUCUGUUUCGUGACCAGUAGAUAUGAUUUAAACCGACAGGUGGCUGGUUACCGCGGGUAGCGUUUUCAUGGCGACCUUCAGGGAAAUUUGUACACUUUCAGGUACCACAGGACCUUAUGUAUUUAGAAGGAAUUUUAGAAACAUUUGCUGGUUGGAGUUUUUAUUUGUAUUUUGUUUUCCUUAUUUAAUUACUGUAGUUCUGCCUUGAACUUAUCUGCUGGGAGUCGUUUGUGUAGAACAGAUGCCAGACUUACCUCAUUUGCUCAAUUGUUGUUUUGAGGAGGGAGGGGAAUUUCUGAACUCAGGAAUGUCCACUGGACCCGUAAAUGUGCCGUGAUGUAUUUUUGUAUAGGUGACGAAUGUAUCAUUACUGACCUCACGUCGGACUGAACCAGUGCUACCUCAAUCCUUGAGAGAAAUAUGCAAUUCUUAAAACGGCAGGCGCUGAUGUGGCCAUCUGCUAACUUGUACUGUAAGUGGACAAUCAAGUAGAAUUGCAAGCAAAUGUUACUGACGACUUGACAAGUGUAAACACCAAGGCCCCGUUUUGGUCUUUGACAACAUAUUUGUUGGAUGUACGGUCAUGUGGAAUAAAAUAAUCGUGUGCUGCACAA